UCUUUUUUUGCUGAGUUUACAUAGCUUUGAUAAUGACCCUAUAUCUAGGCUAUGCAGCAUGAGCAUACACGUUUCGUGAUGCGUCUUCGGCUCCUCUCUUGAUGCAAAUGUGCUCCCUAAAGUGUUUUUUGAUUUCCUGUAUCUCUGACACCUGAGAAAUGUAUGUCUGGUGCUUGUCUUCCUGUCUCUCGCUGCUGCCUUUUAUCUCUUAUUUCCUCUCACUCUCUUUCCAUCCAUCCAUCCAUCCAUCCAUCCAUCUCUCUCUCUCUCUUUUUACACACUCACAAUGGCGACACCAUUCUCCAGCCUGUACUGUUUGACCAAGACCCCUGGUCCUGCAGUAGACCAUUGAACACUAAUGUGGGUUAGAGUAGGGCCUUCAGCCAUGGAAAUACAGAAACCUGAGGCUUUAGGUUCUUGCACCAGAGUAAAACCUGCCAGUGGAGCCACAUGAAUCUCUCAUAGCACACAGACCUGUUCUCUCAUUGGAUCUAGGCCUACCUCUGUGUAAUCGAUCAUCUCAGUCACUCUCAUCACGUCCUGUUGUUGAAGGAAGGAAUCGUGGCAGGUGUGUUUUAGUCUUGGUGCUGCGCAUGUGUUUAUCUGUUAUGGCUACAGCAGCUGGGAUAUGACAGUGAUGUGUGAUGUAUGAGGGGUCAACACAGUGCACAGCUUUGUCUCGUGCCGUAUGAGGUUCGGGACUACAGAGCAGUGGAGCAGGAAGUCUGCUGCUCUCAUGUCCUGUCUGUCAGCUAGUUGCCGUGGAGACGUCUGGGCCUGUGUGGCACAGGGCAGGGCAGAUCAAGUGCGAGACAACAGCACUGCAAGUAAACCAGCCCAUCAGGUUUCACACGCUGUCAAAUCCCCUGAUCACAGAGAUGUCAUGUGGCACGCCAAGGUCUCCACGGUGACGCACAGUCUGACGGGACCUUGAGCUGCUGUCUACGAGCAAAUUCGGAAAACAGUCGGGUAACUCUCCUUUACAAAUCUGACUGAAGAGAACUAACUGAAAGAUGAGCUGAGAGGAAGGAAAAAGCUGCUUCCAAAACAUCACAUCAUCUCCUCUUGCUCUGUUCAAUCUCAGCAGUUUUUAGAGAGCUGGUUUAUAUUGACUCCUCCAAUAACAACAUCAUUACCGUCUGCAGUAGUAAUGUAACCUGAUGUAAUUACACUGGUGCGGCUGGCAGAGCCACUCAGCCUCAAGCCCUGAUUUCUCUCUACUUAUGGACACAGGAAACCGGGGGACGGGCGGAGACCUGAUGCUGUGAUUCUGGAAAGGAAAUAGGAAUAUAUUAAUUGAAUUGAAUCAACUGUAUUGUUCCACAGAGGGGACAUUGGAUUUGACCCCAGCAUAAAAUGGGCAUACAUCAGCACACAUCCAACGGCUAAUACAGUUGCAGUAGCCCUAUUGGGAGUAGUCUGACCAGGGAGGGAGUGACUCCAGCAUGGCUUGGUGUGGCUGUGUUAUUCAGGCUGAAAGGCAGAGCUCCUCCACACUGAAGGAGACUAUUGUUCUUUUGUUCCUGCUUGAGGAAACAGCAGAGCAUGCUGGUUAUUAUUGGUAGCCAAGAGCAGCUUUGUGUGUGUUCAACCUAUGUGUGUGUGCGCAGCUGGACUCGUGUGCUGCUCUCCUCAGCUCUCUGUGUGUUGAGUAUAUACUCUUAGGUGUGUGUGUGUUUUGUGAAAGUGUGUAUAGGGCUAUGUUCAGUACAUUUCAUUCCUGUGUACGGUGCAUGGACUGGCACAUGACGUUGAAGCCUUCCAUGACGGCUUAUAUGUGGGGGUCUGUGUGUGCUGGUAUCAGUGUGUGAGUGCAUGAGGUUUUUGUGUGCGUCACAGCGAUGUCUCAGAUUCCUGCCUUUGUGUCCAGAUGCCAUUCCACAUGGGCACGCCGCUCAUUCCACUCUCCCCAGCCCAGCCCCGCUCUCCACCCUCACUGAGGUGACCCAACCAGGCUUCCUGGGCAACUGAGACGUGAUUCUGGGACGGGCACAGUCCCUCCCCUCAGCCUGCCUGCCCUGCGUCAUCCCCGUCUCCCAGACGUCUCCUCUUGAGAGAAUGACCAUCGGCCCAGACCAGCUCUACCGUCACCAUACCAGUGUGUGAAUGACUCUUUGCCGAAAAGCCACCGUGCUCUGCCACCCCGUUGUUGCAAUGAAGAGCAAGUAUUCCCAGUACUAUAACCAGACCCUGAUCCAUGCCUACUAUGUGUUUGCCAAGGACAUGACCUGGGAGGAGCUGGAGGAGCGCACCAACGGGAAGGCCCAUCUCAGCUCCCUCAACAUCGUCUUCGUCAUCAUCUGCAGCAUCAUCAUUCUGGAGAACUUGCUGCUGCUCAUUGCCGUGUUCCGCAACAAGAAGUUCCACACCGCCAUGUUCUUCUUCAUCGGGAACCUAGCCUUCUCCGACCUGCUGGCCGGCUCAGCCUACAUCGCCAACAUCUUCCUAUCAGGGCCAAGGACCUUUGAGUUGGUGCCGGUGCAGUGGUUCAUCCGGGAGGGCACAGCCUUUAUAGCGCUGGCCGCCUCCGUCUUCAGCCUGCUGGCCAUCGCCAUCGAGCGCUACAUCGCCAUCACCAAGGUCAGGGUGUACGGUUCUAACAGGACGUGUCGUAUGUUCCUGCUGAUCGGGACGUGCUGGGUCACCUCCAUCCUCCUGGGGGGCCUGCCCAUCAUCGGCUGGAACUGCAUCAACAACCUGCCUGAGUGCUCGGCCUUGCUGCCCCUCUAUUCCAAGAAGUACAUCCUGUUCGUGGUCACCAUCUUCAGCAUCAUCCUGCUCUCUAUCGGCAUCCUUUACGUGCGCAUCUACCUGAUCGUGCGCUCUAGCCACCAGGAGGCCACCAACUCUCCGGCCUACGCCCUGCUGAAGACGGUCACCAUUGUGCUGGGCGUCUUCAUCGUGUGCUGGCUGCCCGCCUUCACCGUCCUCCUCCUGGACACCUCCUGCCGCAGGCUGGACUGCCCCGUCCUCUCCAAGGCAGACAUCUUCUUCGGCAUCGCCACGCUCAACUCGGCACUCAACCCGCUGAUCUACACGCUACGCAGUAAGGACAUGAGAAAAGAGUUCCUGCGCGUGCUGUGCUGCUGGGGACUGCUGACCAGCGGGCGCCCCACCGACCGAUGCCUGGUGCCCCUCAAGAGCUCCAGCUCUAUGGAGCACUGCACCAACAAACACGAACACCAGACCACGCCCAUCAUGCAGGCAGAGUGCACCACCUGUGUCUGACCCGAUGCAAUAAUCACACAGUGUGUGUUUCUGAAUGUGUGCGCGUGUCUGUUAGACUGGGUGUGUGAGAGGGAUAGUGUGUGUGAUGGGGCUGUGUGCAGGUGAAGAGACUUAAAGAGGAAAGCACACCUGUGAACCCCCCAUCCCCACUCCAGACCUGCCACACAGACGACCGUCUGUCUGUUUGUCUGGAGAGAUGUCACAACAUCGUUGACUCUCAUUACAAUCAUACCUGUGUGAAUUCACAAUCAGCAUUCAACCGAUUCGCCACAAGAGCGUGAUAACACAAUCAUCCUCGAGUGAAUUCACUAUUAUUCAAUGAAUUCACAAUCAUAGCUGAGCCUUUUCUUUUUUUUUAAACAAUGUUUUAAACAUUUUCUUAGGGACUUUCACAGAGUGGAGUCACAAUCUUUGUUGAGGGAGUCUUGAUUAUAACGAUACAUGAAUUCAUGUUCUGCAUGUUUUACAUGUAUGCAGACUCUUAUGGAAAGCCAAAUCCACAGACACCAUAUACAUAAUACAUAAUCGUGAUGCUGAGUUGUUGGAGUGUUUUACUGCGCCCUGAUAAUGGAAAGCUUUCACAUAUUGCACUUUGUAGACAUGUGAUUGUUUAUGGCUGUCACCCUCUUGAAAGGUUAAACCACAGAAGUUUCCCUGAGUGAAUUAUAUAUGUAUGGAUUCAUACAGUACUCAUCAUAUAGAGAGACGUGAGGCACCCAGGCAGUGACUUGUCCUCACUCAGUACUGCACUCCAUGCAGGCCAAAACCCUUACAAUUACCCCUCUAAACCAGGGCUAUAUAUCCUCAUAUAUUAACAUGCAUAGAUCCCUUUGAUUAACUGCAAAAACAAAAGUACUCUGCUUACGUAUAUUGCAUGACAUUCUAACUCCUUUGUAAGAACUAAUGUGUAUUGGUGUACUCCAGUAAGUUCAGCUUGUUCAUUAACUCUCUCUCUCUCUCUCUCUCUCUCUCUCUCUCUCUCUCUCUCUCUCUCUCUCUCUCUCUCUCUCUCUCUCUCUCUGCAAAUCUGUCCCUCUCGCGCUACUGUUGUCUUUUGUAACUAACGUUUCCUAAGAGGAAGGCCCAAUCAGACAACGCAUUUCCUGAAGUGAGUUGGCACUGAUAAAUUUCACUCAAUGACAGCUGCCCAGAAGCCCAUACCCAACAGGACUGUUGUCUUAACGAUGUUGUAGCAACGCAGUGGCAGUGUGCUUUCUGUUAUUAUUGGGCCUUGCUCCAGGGGAAUGGGCCUGAAUGUAAGUAUGAAGUGUUUGGAGCGAGACCGCUCUAUUUUUGACAGUAUUAUUGAUCAUUGAGGUGCAGAGAGUGGGAUUAAACAGGGUAGGUCAAUCUCACUGUGAAGUCUUAAAAACAGACCACAACAAAUAACAGGAAUAUCACCACCAAGCCAGUCCAGGUAGAAUGGUUGAAAAAUAGUACAGUGUCCUGUUCAACACUGGAAGACAUGGGAUUAGUCCAGAGUAGACACGUCUCAUCUUCCCUAAUCCCAAUUAUCCCUCUCCCCCUCCAUAAAGGAGAGAAGAUCCAGUUUAACGGGGAGCACAGGUCUCCAUUCCCUUCACACGAGAGGUCGUCCUCUUUAUUGUCUUAGGUGCCUAAAUAAACUCUACUUCGUCUAACGACAGGAAGUCCUGUGUUUCAAAAAGCGGUUCCUGUUGUUCAGGAAGAACCUCAUCUGCCUUUGUACAGACACACACUCACUCUCACUUGGCCACGCUUCUGGUCCUCAUCAUGCAGGUUUUUGCAGCCUGCUAGUUAGACAGCGAGCCCUAGCCUGGAAUCCAAACUGAUAUGCUCUGUUUCACAAUAAACUGAGAAUAUAAAUGUAGAUUCCAGGCUAGGCCAGACCAGUAGGAAUAGUGAAAGCACUUUGGCAGAUUCCAUAUUGCCUGACUGCCUGCUCUCUCCCGGGGUUUCUUAAAAGACAGCGCAAACAUACCUAUCACUUCAUUCAUGUGUUGCCUAACCCUGUAUGAUUUGUAUAAAUAUAUGAAUGACUAUGUAUGUAAGUAUGUACAGUAUGUAUGUAAGAACUGUGUUCAUGUAUGGAAUGUCUUGUGUGUCCAGUAGCAUGAUGCCUGUGUCAAACCGGUACAUCUUAAACACUAAUAGUGGUACAUAAUUGUUUUUUUAAAUGCAUUCCUUUUUAUAAAAUAAAUGAAAUCUAAAGAA